GUAUGUUUUUUGUUACUCACACGCAGAAUAGUGUGUUUGUUUUCACAUGCGAGAAAGUAUGUUGGGUUAGUUCACACGCAGUGUAGUGUACUUAUUUUCACACGCAGAGUAGUGUGUUUUGUUAAUCACACGCAGAGUAGUGUGUUUUGUUAAUCACACGCAGAGUAGUGUGUUUUGUUAAUCACACACAGAGUAGUGUGUUUUGUUAAUCACACACAGAGUAGUGUGUUUUGUUAAUCACACACAGAGUAGUGUGUUUUGUUGGUCACACGCAGUGUAGUGUGCUUUGUCAGUCACAAGCAGAGUAGUGUGCUUGUUAGUGGCACGCAGAGUAGUGCGUAACUGUUUAUUUUAUUUCCACACAAACGGUGUGUUCAUUAUUUGUCACAAACUUAAAAGGCAAUUGUUCCUUUAAGUACAUGCAGAGUAGUGUGCUUAAGAGAGUAAAGUCCCAGCUUGUGGUCAACCAUCACCUUGACAUUUCAGGCCUACUGGCAUUUAGCAAGAUGUACUUAACACAUCAUUAGUCAAGUACCCUUGUUACAUAUAUUGUAUAGAAUAUUAUAGUAUACUUUAUGAUACUUUUGAAUACUUGGUUAAUCUGACACACUGGGUACACUUCAUAAGUUCAUAUUUUUGCAUAUGUACUGGGUUUUACCAGACUGUGAUAUAGAUAUAGGAUAUAUAUUUUCUGUUUGUUAAUACAGUAGGAUGUCUUGUAGACGCAGAAACAUGCCAAGACGCAAGAGGGGGCAAGACUCAAUGGACAAUUUGGACCAACCUGGAACAUCAAAGACAGUGUCUGGUACAAAAAGAGCCAAAACUUUAACGACUGAGCCCAUUGACUAUGCCAGGCUGGCACAAGAAAUCGUGAAAAUACAACAAUCAACCAAUUCUGAGGUGUCAUCGCCUUCCUUAGCCGGAGAAAAUGAGCCCGCUAAGACACUGUCCAAGAGCAUGGUUCAGUCCAAUACACAACCUAAGGGGUCAGGCUUGCCAGAGACACAGUCCCAGUUACCAGAACAGUCAUCUUCUUCUCAACAAGGGAACGAGUCACCAUCCACAAUAGAAACAGUUGUUUCUCAGUUGUUGAGUUCUAGUGCAGGUGAGCCAGUAGGCACAAAAUCCAUGAAUACAGACAAUAUAAUUUCUGUAACAGAGGGAAUUCCUCUUGGUGCGACAGUAUCUUCAAAAAUUAAAUCAAAAGUUUGGGCUAAUGAAUUUUUUGAUCUACGAUUACUGCUGUCGCGUCAGGAGGAAGACCCUCUUAUGCUGUCCAUUUCUCCGGGGGUUAUUAAUGUACAGCAUACCUUAAAGCCAAAAACCCCCAUGUCAAUCAACCAGUGGACUGACGCCUUUCUGAUUUUUAUCAGUAUCAGAAUUCAGAAGAACUCAUCAGAGGCUCCCCACCUGCUGAAAUACAUGAGCUUUAUCAGAGAAAUGCAUAAGCUUUAUGGUGAUGCAGCCUGGAGGGCAUAUGAUGAGUCCUUCAGAAAAUUGAGGGAGUCGGUCGACCUCGCAUGGCAAAAGCCAGUAGAAGAACUGAGAGGAAAAUGUAUUGCUCAGGCCAUAAAACCCAAUUAUAAUGCGCUGCCCUUUCGUGGCAAACAAGCGGGAAGAGUCCGCUUCUGCUUUGCUUUUAACCGGGGGGAAAAAUGCAAAAACACCCCAUGUCAAUUUUCUCACACAUGUCAAUCAUGUAGGGGACAACACCCACAGUACAAGUGUACUUCACCACCCCAAGGAGUUCAAGAAAACAGAACUACCAACCCCAGUAAGACCAAACAUUUUAAAUAA